AUGAUAAGGUUUAUUCUAGUCCAGAACAGACAGGGUAAAACUCGCCUUUCAAAAUGGUAUGUGCCCUACGAAGACGAGGAAAAGAUAAAGUUAAAAGGUGAAGUGCAUCGCCUAGUUGCGCCGAGAGAUCAGAAGCAUCAGUCAAACUUUGUCGAGGUGAGGAGUAGUGACCGAGUGUUUUUUGGUGAUUGGCGAGAGGGAUGGACCGCUGUUGCCGUCAAGGAGAAUAAGAACGAAUCAUUGAGUUUAUAUCGUCGGUACGCCGGUCUGUUCUUUUGCGUGUGCGUCGAUGCAAACGAUAACGAAUUGGCGUAUCUGGAAGCCAUACAUUUCUUUGUCGAAGUGCUCGAUGCAUUCUUUGGAAACGUGUGUGAAUUGGAUUUGGUUUUUAAUUUUUACAAGGUGUAUGCUAUUUUAGAUGAAGUAUUCUUGGCGGGUGAGAUUGAAGAGACGAGUAAGAAUCUCGUCUUGACAAGGUUGGAUCAUCUGGACAAGCUAGAAUAG